AAACUCAACUUCCCACAGUGCACCGGGGCAUUCUUCGUCGUCGAACAGACAAAAACGCGGAAACAAAAGAACUAAACCAGUUUGUCAAAACAAAUAUAAGACAGACGAGCAGAAGCACACAAAGUGAGUUGUAGCUGUAGCUGACAGCUGUCCAAGGUAACACCUCGAUCUCUCUGAAAGCUUGGCCAUGGCUCUGAAAAGAUUACAGAAGGAGUUACAAGACUUUGGGAAGGACCCUCCAGCUUCUUGUUCAGCUGGACCUGUGGGGGAUGACUUGUUUCACUGGCAGGCUUCCAUCUCAGGACCGAAUGACAGCCCGUAUCACGGAGGAGUGUUCUUCCUUUCUGUCCAUUUUCCCACCGACUAUCCUUUUAAACCACCAAAGCUUGCCUUUACAACGAAAAUCUAUCACCCAAACAUCAACAGCAAUGGUAGCAUCUGCCUUGACAUCUUGAGAUCGCAGUGGUCACCUGCUCUUACAGUAUCAAAAGUUUUAUUAUCCAUAUGCUCCUUGCUAUGUGACCCAAAUCCAGAUGAUCCGCUAGUGCCAGACAUUGCGCACAUGUACAAGUCCGACCGACAGAAGUACAACAAAACAGCCAGGGAAUGGACCUCGAAGUAUGCAAUGUGAGGAACCGAAGUUUCAGCAACAAUGACGCAUCCCAAACACCUCAAAAUAUGACAGUACUGUUUCAACUGCUCAUCCACACUGGUUCUAGUUGAGGUGUUUUAUUCGCUUGAAGCACUUUCUCUCCUUGGACUUUACUUGACUUCACUGUUUUUACUGUUUAUUUUAUUUUCCCCUUAAAUUUGCGUCAUUAUCAUUAUCAAGGGUUGUGGUGAGAUGGCCUGAUCAUACUUUUUCUUUUAAGAGAUAUAUAUUGUACAAGACCAUACUGGAUUUCAUUUUCAUUAUUUUGCAUUAAAGACAUUAAUCGAUAA